AUGGCCAAUUGGCCUGAGCCAAACUAUGUCAACCCUCCUACCCGGGGCCAAGGUAUCAUAAUCACUAAUGUCAUAUUUGGGGUUCUGGCAUUGAUUACUACGGCCCUCCGUUUGUAUUCACGAGUGAAAAUCACAUCUACCUUUGGCAUAGAUGAUGUGUGCUUUCUUUUUGCGGUGCUCGCUGCUGUUGCAAUGUGGGUUGUUAUGUGGAUUGGGUCUGCACGAUAUGGGUGGGAUCGACAUGUCUGGGAUGUUCCGUUGGAAGACCUUCCCACCACAAAUAAACUAAACCUGGCUUUCCAGAUAACAUUUGCCGUGGCAUCAGGAUUGACCAAAUUAUCGCUGCUGUACUUCUGCAGACGUCUUUUUGGAAAUGCUGGGAGGCUGGUCUUCAACUGGCAUUAUCUGUUCAUUACUGGAACCAUAAUUAUCAUGUAUGGCUGCAUUAUCGUAUUUGUGCUAAUACUUCUUUUGGAGUGUCGACCCUUGAAGGCAUACUGGGAUCUGAACCCGACGUAUCCCUACACCUGUAUCGACGGGAGGGCGUUCAUUUUUUCUGUCAGCAUUAUUAAUAUAGUGACGGACCUUUUGUGCACUCUGAUCCCCAUGACACUUAUUUGGAAACUGCAAAUGAAGACACGACAGAAGAUUGCUGUGGGAUAUCUUUUUGGCCUCGGCGUACUUAUCAACAUCGCGGGUUCCCUCCGUACUUACUAUUACUGCCAGUCGAUCAAGAGCCCACUAGGCGAUUCAACCUGGUUGGGUUUUCCUACAUUCAUAUGCUCAAGCAUUGAGAUAGGUCUUGGGUUGAUUGUCACUUCAGCUCCAGCACUCCGUCCCUUAGUUAGCUAUUACAUGCCAAAACUUCUGAUCGAAAGUGGCUAUCCUCUAACAAGAACCACUCUCCAAAAUAAACCGACUGAUCAUACCUCAAGGUCACGGCGCCAGAAUACCGCGGAACUGUCUAUCUACACAGAGCAGUAUCCGGGAUUGGAAAAACAACAUCAGCAGCGGGAAAGCGCAGAAAUUUAUGAGGAUCCUUAUAUGUUGUUCGAUGGGAUCAGAGUUACUCAGACUGUGGAACUUCAGACCUUUUAUCAAGGCUCAGAAACAAGCAGCCUUCAGGAGCAAUGUUCAGAACCAAGUAGGGUUUAUUCUCAUAUGAACACUUGA